AUGUCUCAGCCCGCGACUGUAGUUGAUAUGCCCACCCAGGCAAACGAUGACAUUGCUGUUGUCGGCUUUUCCUUCCGCCUCCCCCAAGAUCUGAACGACGACAUGAGCUUCUGGGAAGCUCUGGAUAACCGUCGUAACCUCAUGACCAGCUGUCCCAAGGACCGCAUGAAUGCCAGGUCUUUACUAGACACGAAUGCCAGCAAGGGAGCCCACUUCAUCACAGACGAUGUCGCUUGCUUCGAUGCUCCUUUCUUCUCGGUAACAGCGAAGGAGGCUGCGGCGAUGGACCCGAUGCAGCGCAUGACCCUGGAGACUGCAUACCGAGCCUUUGAGAAAGCCGGAUUCACGACAGAUGCCCUGAGAGGCUCAAAGACGGCUGUCUUUCAUGCGUCCAUGUUGGAAGACUACGCGCGGUUGAUGGCAAUGGAUCCCGAUAACGUAGAACGAACGACUGUGACUGGUGGGACGGUGCCGUGCAUGGUCCCCAACCGCAUCAGCUUCACUUUCGAUCUGCGUGGACCGAGUGUCCAUGUGAAUACUGCCUGUUCCAGCGGCUUGGUUGCCGUAGAUAUGGCAUGUAAGACGAUUCGCAGUGGUGAUGCGUCGUGUGCGCUUGUCACUGGUGCGAACCUGCUGUUGGACCCUACCAUUUUCCAUCUGCUGUCCCACCAGAACUUCCUGUCGCCGGAUAGCCGGUCCUACAGCUUUGACCAGCGGGCCAACGGCUAUGCCAGAGGCGAGGGCGUCAUUGCCGUUGUGCUGAAGCCCGUCUCUGCGGCUGUUCGGGAUGGAGACAUGAUCCGGGCCGUGAUCCGCGCCUCGGGCUCGAAUCAGGAUGGACACACUCCCGUCAUCACGCAGCCCAGCCAGCAGGCCCAGCAGGAUCUCAUCCAGCACGUCUAUCAGCAGGCGAAUCUAUCACUUGCCGAGACGCGAUAUGUCGAGGCUCACGGAACCGGAACGCCAGUGGGAGAUCCAAUCGAGGCAAGAGCCAUCGGCCGAGUGUUUCGCAAGUUCCGAUCCGCGAAGGAUCCGCUUUACAUCGGCUCCGUCAAAUCAAACAUUGGCCAUCUUGAAGGUGCCAGCGGCCUUGCUGGCUUGCUGAAGGUCAUCUUGAGUCUUGAAAGAGGCUUCAUCCCCCCGAACGCACUAUUCGAGACGAUCAAUUCUGCCAUAGACGCCGAAUUCUGGAAUAUCGCGAUCCCUAAUGCAAGCAUUCCCUGGCCUACCAAAGGCAUUCGUCGGGCCUCGCUCAACUCCUUUGGCUUCGGCGGCUCCAAUACGCAUGUUGUGGUUGAUGAUGCGCUCUCCUACCUGAAAGAGAGGAAUCUGCCUGGCAACCACUGCACAGCUGGGGCUGCUGGCGACGAGGAUGCGGCCAAUGGCUCGGUGGAACUGCCACCAUCUCCAGUUUCUGACGACUUUUCAAUCACGGUCGACCAAUCCAUUGCAGAUCUCAAGAAGAUUGCGCGUGCCACGGUAGCUGCUGCUAUACCUUCGCCGUCAAUCACAGCCGACAGUCUCCCCCGGCUGCUUGUGUGGAGCGCCGCAGACGAGCAAGCAGUCAAGCGCUCUCUGCGCGACCAGGAGCUCUUCUACAAGGACAAGAUAGCGGGCAACCGUAACAAGCUGGAUCGCCUCGCCUACACAUUGGCGGCUCGCCGGUCACACAUGCUCUGGAGAAGCUUCGCCAUUGUAGCAGAAGACGGCCUUUCAGAGAAUCAAAAUGGCACCGCAGACCUUGAUCCCGCGAAGCCCAUGAGAAGCUCCCCAGAUGCUACGCUAGCCUUUGUGUUCACUGGGCAGGGAGCCCAGUACACAGACAUGGGAUGGGAUUUGGUCAAGUAUCCCGUCUUUGCCGACACGCUCCGGCAGAUUGACAGCAUCUACCAGAGCCUUGGAUGUGCAUGGUCGAUUUUUGAUGAGUUGCGCUCUAGCAAGAAUAUCAACCUGCCAGAAUACAGCCAACCGUUGUCGACAGCGGUCCAGAUCGCCUUGCUGGAACUGCUGGCCAGUUUCGGCAUCGCUCCCAAGGCUGUUGUCGGACACUCCUCAGGAGAAAUUGCCGCUGCCUAUGCCAUUGGUGCACUCUCAUUGCAAUCUGCAUGCAAAGUCUCGUACUUCAGGGGCCAGCUUGCAGGAAAGUUGCGAGCCGCUAACGAGGCAUCUCCUGGGGCCAUGAUGUCUAUCAACUUGGCAGAAGCACAUGUUUCGGAGUACCUCUCCAGGAUUGGUCCUGAGGCCAGCUCUGUCUGCGUGGCUUGUAUCAACAGCCCUCUCAACUGCACACUGUCCGGUCCCGAGGCGGCUAUUGAUGCCAUCAAAGCGCAAGCUGAUAAUGAUGGCAUCUUUGCUCAGAAGCUCAAGACCGGGGUUGCAUACCACUCGCGGGCUAUGGAAGCUAUCGCUGACGAAUACCUGGCGCUGAUGGGAUCGCUCGAGGGCGCCUCGCGUCAGGAUCUCAAGGUUGCUAGCGGUAUUCCCAUGGUAUCAUCCGUCUCGGGCAAGGUGGUGCGUCCGGCUGCUCUGGCCAAGGGUCAAUACUGGGUCAACAACAUGGUUUCUCCGGUUCGCUUCGCCGAUGCCGUGCAGCUGCUGACUCAGGAGCCAUCCAAGGUCAAGGUUGGGCUGAGCAACAUUACUGAUCUCGUCGAGAUUGGCUCUCACCCUGCCCUGCGAAGAGUAGCUCAGGAUACGAUCCGACAGACAGGCAACAAGAAGCGCACCAUCCGAUAUAGUGCUGCACUGCAACGAUCUCAUCCUCCGAUCAAAACGACGUUGGAGCUUGUGGGACAGCUGUUCUGCUGGGGACACAACGUGUCCAUAGCUGCUGUUAACCAGACGCCCGUUGCUCAGCCUGGCGGUGCCUCCAAAAAACCUGCGUUUCUCGUCGAUACCCCCGAGUACCCCUUUGACCGGUCUCAUAGGUACUGGGUCGAAUCUCGAAUUAGUCGUGACUUCCGGUUCCGUGGCAAUGUCAAGGGUGACGUGCUUGGAGCUCGAGUAUCCGACUGGAAUCCUCUCGUUCCUCGCUGGAGAAAUAUGUUGGCCGUUGAGUCCGUUCCAUGGGCUGGCCACCACAAGGUCACCGAUACGCUUUUGUACCCUGCAGCUGGAAUGUUGGUGAUGGCAAUCGAGGCUGUUCAGCAGAUGCUCCCCGAAGACCGGGAGGUAGCCGGCUUCCUCGUCAAAGAGGCCGACUUUAUCCAUCCAAUCAUCCUGAAAGAGAAGUGGGAGGAUAGAACCGAGACCCAAGUUCAUCUUCGACCCUUGAAGACGCUAUCGUCGGACGACGAGGAUGGCUCUGCAAUGUUUGAGGUGGAUAUCUUCUCCUACUCGUCUGACGGCUGGAAUAAGUGCUUCCGCGCCAGCCUCAAAGUAGACUACGAGGAGCCGACGAGUAUAUAUGGCAAGGAGCAAAGGCAGCUCCGCCAUGAGAAAGCCCGUGACCAGUACAGCCAAGCCGCACAAUCAUGUGUCUUGCCCAUCGACUCUGCCACCCUAUAUCGCGAGGCGGCUGAAGUUGGCCUUCAGUACGGAGAAUGGUUCCAACUUCUGCGAGACGUGGGCUGGGACUCCAAAGCUACCGCGGUGGCUCGUGUGGACGUCUCCAAGGAUCGGUACAAGACCAACAGCCUAGUGCACCCAAGCGUUCUUGACCAGGCUUUUCACGUGUUGCGAGUGAGCGCCGGUCAGCAGCCGACUGCCAACGUUCCUGCUCGUUUGAGGGACGCUUGGUUUGCCUCCAGCUCCAAGUGGCAAAGCCCGGAGACUGGCCAUAUUCGAUGGAUGGCGACGUCCACUUCGGCCGCUCAUCUUGACGGAACCCAGGGCUAUGGUGAACAGGGCACGAUCGUUGCGCUGGCUGACGACGGCACUGUGCUUUGCACGAUAGAGCAGGCUACUACGGCGUCCAUCUCCAACAGCGCAAAGGCGGCGGACAAGAAGUUGCUCUACAGUGUCGAGUGGAAGCCGCAGCUGAGCAUGCUCGAGCCAGAGCAGCUGGCUCGCAUCUGCAAAGCUGAUUCCUUUGAGGAUGACGAAACAGCCAUAGUAGAGAUUCACCAAAACAUGUGCUUGGCGCUGGAGCUCUACUCGAUUCGAGUGCUCCAGAGGCUGGACCGAGCCAAGGUCCCGGAGGCAUUGGCUCGCCACGUGGACUGGAUGGAGUACCAUAUCGGCAACAUGAGCCCCGAAAACAGACGGCUCGGAGAAACCAUUAGCGACGACGAGCUGGAAGCCCGGCUCCUUGAUGUUGAGAAGUCUCGCCCGGCUUGGAAGCUGUACACCACCUGCGCGCGGAGGCUUCUCGAGAUGCUCUCAGGAGAGGUCGAUCCUCUGCAGGUGGUGUUCGGAUCAGACCAGGCAGAGCUCUUCUAUGCUGAACUCUUCCAGAAGCUUUGCCAGGAUGGUCGGCUCGGCACCUUCUUGGACCUGGUCGCUCACGAGCGCCCUGCUCAGCGAAUCCUCGAGGUGGGAGCAGGAACGGGAGGCAUGACGAAUCACGUGCUAUCUCUUCUGCAGCAGCGGGAGGAACGAGUAGGAGGGUCUUGUUUCUCCGAGUACACGUAUACAGACAUCUCCCCGAUGUUCUUUGAGCGUGCACGUGAGCGAUGGCCCGAUCUUGCGUCUCAGGGUCGCCUGACGUUUAAGACUUUCAACGUGGACAAGCCUAUUGAUGAACAAGGAUUCGAGCCUGGCUCCUAUGACAUCGUUAUAGCAGCUAGUGUGCUCCAUGCCGUUGAGUAUCUUGAGAGCAGUCUGAAGCAGGUUCGCAGGGCAUUGCGGCCUGGAGGUCGCCUCAUUCUGCUCGAGGUCAUUGAUCCCGAGGACAUCGCCACCAACUUCAUGGCCGGUCUGGUGCCAGGAUGGUGGGUUGCCAAGGAGGACUGGAGGCCGCAUUCAGCGGCUAUCCCCGAGAAGUUGUGGGACAAGUGCUUGCGAAACAAUGGAUUCUCGGGCAACGAUGUGAUUUUCCGCGACUACAAGAGCGAGGCCUGUCACAUUGUCAGCAUCAUCCUCACCACAGCCGUUGAAGAGCCCAAGCUGGCCCCUGCGGUCCAGCCCGGCAAGCUUGUCAUUGUCGUCGAUGAGCAAAAGUCCUAUCUGCAGACUCGGAUGGCCGAUCUGAUACAACAACAGCUGGAUCCUCAAGGUAGCAAGGCUUCGAGUAUCUGUGCCUUCUCCUUGGACGAACUUUCACAGGCUCUCGAGAAUGUGACCGAGGAGGACACUGUAGUUUGCAUCGCUGAAGUCAACAGUCAGCCUUUGCUGGCCAAUCUGACGGAGAAGAGCUUCAAGUGCCUCCAGUACCUGGUGGGCAAGGCAUCCAGGCUUCUCUGGGUCACGGCUAGCAGCACAGACAGCGAAGAGUAUGCCGACUACGGUGCUGCCCAGGGGUUCUUCCGCUCGAUUCGGGUUGAGCAGUCCAGCAAUCGAAUCAUUACGCUGUCCAUGGAAGGCAAGCUCGAAUCCCUCAAGAUCGCUCAGUUGAUCGAAACCGUUUUCGAUGCCAGCUUUGGACCCUCGCCUUCUGACGAGGUGGAGUAUCUCGCCAAGGAUGGCGUUCUGAUGACUGGAAGGGCCAUCGAGGACGUAUCUGGCAAUGAAAUUCUUUCUUCUCUCUUGUCUCACCAGUUCCAGGAGAAGACCUGGUAUGAUGGACCAGCCCUCCAGCUCUCUGUCGGCUCUCAAGACGGAACAAACAAACUGCAGUUUGUUCGCGAUAGGCAGUACGAAAGCACGCUGACGCCCAACGAGGUGGAAAUUGACGCCAAGGCUUGGGGUGUUGAUCAAAGAGACGUGCAGGUCGCUUUGGGACGCCGGCAAGAGCUACACAACGGGAUCCGACUGGGAGUUGACUGUGCCGGUAUCGUUACCCGCGUUGGAAAAGGUUGCGAGUUGUUCAAGCCCGGAGACCGAGUACACAUGGUGGCUCCAGGAUGCAUGCGGCAAUAUCCUCGAGGGGACGUAAAGGCUGUCUGCAAGAUUCCUGAGUCAAUGUCUUUCGAGGAAGCGACGUCUGCUCUCAUUCCCGCCAUGACAGCGUAUCACGCCCUGGUUGACAUUGCUCGCCUCGUUGACGGAGACAAGGUUCUGAUCCACGCGGCUGCUGCGAGUGCCGUGGGCGAGUUUGCCGUGCGUGUGGCCCAGAUGCAAGGCGCCCAUGUUAUUGUUACCUACUCAAAUGCACAGGAGCGAGAUACAUUGAAGAGGAUGGGCCUGGCGGAGGACCACAUCCUGGACAACAGCACCCUAACCUUUGCCCAGCGUGUCAUGGAGCUGACUGAUGGAGAAGGGGUGGAUGCUCUCUUCAAUCUGCUUGCCGAAGACGAGAUUAUCCAGGCUUCCUAUGAAUGCCUGGCCUCCAGCGGUCGCUUCCUGGAGAUGAAGCGCUUCAACACCGAUACUAAUGCUACUAUUCCCAUUGGCAUUUUUGACCGCAAUGCCAGCUUUUCCGUCAUCGACAUUGUCAACCUGAGCCCAAAGACGAUGGGUAAACUCUUGAAGAAGACAAUGGAGCUUCUUGAACAAGGGCGCAUUGGACAUGCUCAGCCAUUACGUACUUUCAAGGCAUCAGAGGUCGAGGACGCCUUCCAAGAGCUCAAGGGAGGCGAGGCACUGGAUCGUGUCAUUAUCAUGCCACAAGAUGACGAUGUGGUACCGAAACUCAUCCAGGAACAAAGAAGCUGGAGAUUCGACGAAAACGCGUCCUAUCUGAUUGCUGGAGGCUCCGGUGGUCUCGGCCGAGGCAUUGCCAAGUGGAUGGCUGACCGCGGAGCCAAGAACCUGAUCCUGCCAUCUCGAUCUGGAGCUUCUUCCAAGGCUGCCAGACAGACAGUGGAGGAACUGACAGCUCGCGGCGUCAAGGUUGUGGCCCCCAAGUGCGAUGUGUCUUCAGAAAAGGAGCUUGCCGACCUUCUGGACGAGUGCGCUCGCACCAUGCCGCCCAUCAAGGGCUGUAUCAACGCAGCCAUGGUGCUUCAAGGGGCCGUCUUCCAGGAGAGCAUGACGUUUGCCCAAUGGGACCUCACGAUGAAGUCCAAGAGGCAAACGUCGUGGAACCUACACCGGCUCCUGCCAGCGAAUCUGGACUUUUUCAUCAUGCUGUCCUCUCUUGCUGGCGUCGUAGGACAGCUGGCCAGUGCCAACUACUCGACGGGCUGCUCCUUCCAGGACGCCCUGGCGCGUCAGCGUCUUGCUCGGGGACAGGCGGCCCUGUCUCUCGACAUUGGCUGGAUGCGCAAUAUUGGUAUUGUGUCCGAGACGGGCGAGUACCAGAAGCAGCGCGAGUCGUUUGACGACAUGAAGCAGGUGGACGACGUGGAGCUGCUGGCGCUGCUUUCGGUCUUGUGCGAUCCAAGCGCUCCUCAGCCCGCCAUUGUGUCGGAGGCCAGGGGUCAAGUUUUGUUUGGGCUCAAGACGCCGAUCGACUGUCUGGCUCGAGGCCGCAACCCGCCGCCGCUGAUGGAGAGGCCAUUUUUCGGCGCCUUUUCCGUUACCGCUGCCUCAGGCGCCUCGGCAGGCGUAAACGCCAACGCAGAGGCGGCCGUGGGAGUUCGAUUCCGACAGGCUUCGGACUCUGGAGAACGCACCCAGGUUGUGCUGGACGCCCUUGCUGGCAGGCUCGCGCGUGCCAUGUCUAUUGCGACUGGCGAUGUGGAGCUGAACAAGUCGCUGUCGCACUAUGGCGUCGACUCACUGAUGUCUGUUGACUUGCGCAACUGGAUCCUGCGGGACUUUGGUGCUCUGCUUACUGCUUUUGACAUCAUGGGUGGUGCGUCGAUUUCCAAGAUUGCGGAUAUGAUUGUUGAGCGCAGCACGGUUGGCAAGGCGUAA